AUGGCAAGUUUAUUCGUGUGGAAAGUCGUUGCCUGUCGAAUUCCAACAGCAGACGCAUUAGAAGCUAGGGGGAUUCAGGUUCAAAAUAAUACGUGUGUACUAUGCGAACAGGACGUCGAGUCAGCGGAUCACAUUUUGUUGAACUGUAGAGUGGCGGAGGAAGUUUGGCAUCGGUUGUCUUUAUGGAUGAAUAUUCCACCGGGUCUGAAUCAGUCCACAGUUGAUGAAAUGUUGCAGAGUGUAAAUGGAUUAAAUGUAUCGAAGAACAGGAAGCGAAUUAUUCACGCUAUCUACAUUAUAACUAUGUGGAGCAUUUGGAAAGCGAGAAACAGAAAAAUAUUUGAAGGCAUAAUCGUUAAUAGGUACAAGUUGGUGGAAGACAUCAAGGAGAUGACAUUCGACUGCGUGGUCAAUAGAUCCAAGUUCAAAGAUAUCUCGUGGGGGAAUUGGUGUAAUUUUAAUUUACAAUUGUAA